UUGUAAUAAGUCUGCAGUGAAAUUUCACUAAUUGUUGCGAUGGCCUCAAGACAGUCUUCGGGCGUAGUGUGUAGGAUUUGCUCGGCCAACACGUCCCUCACCAGAGCAAUCUACAUUUUCUCCAUUUCGGGUGAACAGUUGGAAGAUGGAAGCAAAACGAUUGCGGACAACAUUGCCGAGUUUGCGGAUGUUACGAUUAACAAUGAUGAUGAACACUCGCCGUAUCUGUGUCCGGUUUGCUUCAAAGCAUUCAACAAUGCCGCUCAAUUGCGGCAGCAAAUUCGCGACGCCGAGAGCGCUGUACUGAGUGUCCUGCAAUCCAUUGAAAUGCAGGGCUCCGUGGUAGAGUACGAAUUGGAGUAUUUGGAUGAAUUCAGAGACCAGAUUUCGGGUACCGUAGUGCCGAAAGAGUCGAUACCCCCGGUGCUUACAGAUGUCCGGUCGGACGUCGAAGCGCUUUCGGAAGGUGAGGAUGAUCUCCUGGCAAAGCAGAUGACGUUGCAGCUCUCGGAGGAAGAGAUGGACACGCUGGAAGGUGACCCGCUCGAGCAGGGAAGGUUUGUCUUCGAAAUGCCACGCGAUGAGCUGAUUGCCCGGCGCAUCGUGUUUCCCGAGUUCGAGUAUCUCGAAAUCCACGGGGAACGUUGUUGCGGUUGCCCUCACAUUGCCGCUACGCACGAUGAACUGGUCGAGCAUGCCGGUGAGAAACACUCACAUAACUACUACGCGGACAGUAGCUACACGUGUCCCACGUGCUACACCAAGUUCCCGACGGAAGAAGCGCUCUCGAAGCACAUCCACUACUACUCGUACAACGACGUGUUCUUAUGUAUCGUUUGCCAGAAAGCGUUCAACUUCCACAGCCACCUCAUGCUGCACCGUGCAAAGCACCACGAAGAAGCCGAAAUGGUAAUGGAGCACGAUCAGGAAGGUGCAGAUAAGAACUCGGCCGCGAAGCGAUGUCGGAAAACUGAGAGGGCAGAGCUAACUGUCCUUCCGGAUGCACGAUUCAUUAAGGAGAUUCACGAACGUCCGGGUUACAAAGAGUACCAGCUCAACGGCGAACGUUGCUGCUCGUGUGGCGUGCUUCAGGAUUCGAUGGAAGCACACGUGACCGAGAUGCAUUUGCAGCCGGGGAAUACACGCGCACUGAAGGGGGCCUUGCCGUAUUGCGCCAUUUGUCGGCGGAGGUUCUCUUCCGAGCGAGAAAAGCUGCUACACGAAGAGCAACGGCGUACGGUGAACCAAAUCUACGAGUGCCGUACCUGUGGCAAGAUCUUUCGCAGGCGGCUUAUGCUUAUGAGGCACCUGGUGAAGCACGCGAAAGAAGUAAAGGUGGAGGUGACAUCCGCUGCCGAAAAUGCAACGGUUUCGGAAGCGGCUCCAAGUGAAGCCUCCACCAAAGCGGUCACGUUGGCAACGGCAACAAAGCAGCUGGCUUGUUACUGCUGCUGCUUUACACGCUGUCAGCAGGAAUACAACACGGAGAAUGAACUGUUGAGCCAUGCACUCGAAGCGCACAGCGGUCGGCGGAACGAAAACGAAAUAAUGUCGAAAAAGCAGCAUCCGGACCUUUAUUCGGGUUCCCUGUACUGCCCCAUCUGCCUGCGGGUGUUUGAGUCUGCGCGAAAACUAGCGCAACAUCGGUUGUACAAAGCGCGAGCUGAAAAGAAUCGUUGUCACCAUUGUGGCCGUUGCUUCAUAAAGCCGCACGCGCUGCGAGAGCACCAGGAACGGGAGCAUCUUGAUCUGCCGCCCCAGCAUGAGUGCGAAAUUUGUGGCAAACACUUCCAAAACCGAACCACGCUGCUUCACCACCAGUCGGUUCAUGGUCCGUUCAAGAAAAUCCCUUGUGCGGCCGAAAACUGCGAUAUCGUGUUCCGUGACGAGCGGCUUAUGCGCCGCCACUUUCGUAACGUGCACGCCGAGCACACACCGUACGAAUGCCCACAUUGCCAGAAAAAGUAUCGCGCGAAGGAAGCGCUCGACAUUCACGUGCGUUGCCACACCGGUGACCGGCCGUUUCCGUGUCGGUACGACGGGUGCCAACGGCGGUUUAGUCACGGCACCGACCGGUUGCGGCACGAGCGGGCCGCACAUACUGGCGAGCGCCCCCACAAGUGUCCCUCGUGCGGCGCCACCUUUAUCCGUCGACGCGAGUUGCGGAUUCACUUCAAUCGACAGCACAAGGAGGCCUGAGCGGCCCGUCCUAGUCCAUUUGGACUUACGGUACACACUUUGGAGGUACCAAAAACUGAUGGUAAUGUCAUACUUCUUCACGGACACGGGUCCAGUGUUUCAUAUCGACAAUGUGGAGCCGAAGUAACUA